ACAGAAGAUUCGAUGAAGACUUUGAGACGUUCGUUAAAGAAUUCCCAAUCGACGAUAAUAUUUCGGAGUGUUUUGCCUCUUCGUCCGAUGACACGGUUCGAAACAGUGACAGCACAGUCUCUGGGGAUGACACGCAGAGAGGUCAGAGGCUGAAGGUGAAAAGUGAGAAAGAUACACAGUCAAAGGUGACAGAGGCUGUGUGUUUCAUUGAGAAGAAGAUUACACAGAACCGCAAGCAGAAGCCGAGAAUAGGAAACAACUUAUUUCGACGGAAGGACAACGCGGAGCAGGAAUUGAGGGCAAAGAAGUCACUUUCGUAUGAUGACCUCCGACAACCUGAGGAUGACUAUCUUUUUUCACUGAGUGACACGUGUAGCUUGGAGGGUGGUUGCACUGGCCAGAGUGCACGCAUGCGGAAUAAAGCCUUGUUUGGCAGCCAACGCAGGUGUCGGGUGUUAACAGAUUCAAAUGCAAACAAUAACAGACAGGGACAAAUGAGACCCUGCACCACCAAAGCUGCCAACACCAUCACCGUCAUUGCAGAUAUCACCCCUAAUACUCCAGCCAACAUUAACAAUUGCAAUAUUGCAAGCAAUGGCUGCAGUCAUAGUAGCAGUUGCAGUAGCAUCAAUAACAACAGCAAUGGUGUCAAAAGUAGCGCAGAUGUAGAGUGCAGUGGUAGUCGUAACAGCAGGUUUCACAGAGACAGUUUUCGACGACCGAAAGUUGAUGUGGGUCAUAAUGUCUCAUUAGGGCCCAGCAUCAAAGAAAAGGGCAGACAGAGCAACAUGGUUGAUUGUGGUGUCUGGUCCCAUCAACAAAAGGGAUUGGUUACCCACAAAGUCCUCAAGAGAGCACUGAUGGAGUCUCCAAAAUUGAAAGUUGAGACAAAUGGCUUAGCAUUGCUGGGAGAUGUCUGCAUGGAAUGUGAAAACCUGAGAAUGUCUGAGAAAGGUUACACUCUGGCACAUUGUGCCGCCUAUAAUGGACACCUCCAGUGUUUACAGGUCCUGGUGGAAAAAGCUUUUGAUCUAACAGCAUUGGAUCCCCAAGGGAUGAGACCCUCACAGGUGGCCCUAUCAGCAGGCCACAUAGACUGCUGGAAUUAUUUGGCUGUGUUUGAGCUGAGUCAUAUUUUAUUGAGAGAAAUGUGCAAUUUUGGGUCUUUGGUGGAGAGGGUCAACAACCAACUGGAAUCUGUGAGAUCAGAAGCUGAAAUGCUGCGUCACACCCUGGAGUCCCGGUCACAUGACCUCCGCAAUCAAAUGCAAAGUGUCCGGGAGGUGACCAGAAGCAUACAGAGAAGCCUUGACCCACGCCACCCUCACUCCCAUCACCACCAUCACCACCACCACCAGCAGUCUUCCAAACACCAGUGCCCGGGUCAGCAGGGACCAACCUGCCAAGCCAUACAAGAAUCACUCACCUUGCUGGAGAGAGUUGAGUGUAACUUGGCAGAGCUGUGCCGAGUGGACAGUGAUGGUGGCAGUUCGAGGAAGAGCUGUCCUGAGGGGAGCCUGGAGUGGAUACUGAAGAAGAUAGAGAAGCUGGAAAUGGAUGACAGCCACAUCAACGACAUCAGGCAAUUAGAGAAUGUGGAGAAAAGGUGUCGUGUCAUACGAAAUUUCCUUUUGCUGGAAGAUGACCAACAGAAUGCAUCCAGGUGGCGAGAGGAUUACCAUGAUGGUAUGUCUACCAGCAGCAUGCAGUCGAGUGUCAGCAGCGGCAACAACAGCAGCGGCAGCAGCACAAGACUGAGAAGGGUGCCGAGGAGGGGACAGCCGUCUGUUUCCUGCGCCAGCUCCCCAUCGAGCAGAACGAGAGCAGCACAACACGGGGACCCCAGAUUAAAAAUGUCCGAGGAGCAGCUGCGUCACACACUUCCACGGAGACGACAGCAGCAGCAGCUGCAGCAGCAAAAACAGCAAGAACAACAUCAACAACUGCCACAGAGGUGGUUGCAUCAACAAUGGGAGCACCAGCAGCAGCAGUCACCAUCACGACAAAAUGUAAGAAGGCCCGUGACAUGUUCAAAACAGCCUGGUCAUCGAUCUGAUGGAGCACCUAGAAUGCUCGGUCCCCCACUAAGUGGUAGAGGCCUUGUUCUGGCAUCGUCAGUGACGGAUACGACCGAUAUGGACAGUUCAAGUGAUUGGGAGAGCAGCAGUCAGGGGAGCAUAGAAAGCAGCAUGAAUGCUCGUAGUGAAGGGUCGGUGCCUUAUGUGAAAUCAAAACCUUCCACAUCCAGUAGCUGGAGCUUUGUUCCAACGAAACCUGGUGAACGAAGCAACUUACUCGAUGUCGACGCCCGUGUCCAUGGAAAAUACCUGCCUCGUCGUUCAUCGGUGGAUCGUCUUACAGACAUGGAGACUGAGUUGGCACCCACGAGUGCAAACAUGCAAGAUUCUCCUGGUUCACUUCGGCAAGAACGACUCGCUAACCAUUUCCGAUAUUUGGAGAAAAAUACCAAAAUGCGAGACGAAGAUCUCCGCGGAGGGGUGGCGGUUGUAGAGAAACAGGGACCGAAUAUUAAGAACUAUCAAGCAGGGGACACACUUUCGAACUGUCAACCAAACAGCAAGAAUGAAAGUGGGAACAGAUGUCAGAAUCUCUCUGAAGGGGACUUCGAAAUGGCAUCACACUCUUCUGCCACUCUUUCUGAGACUGCCAGUAGAACGUUCCAAAAGGGACACAACUCUGCUACCUCUACAUCUCGUCCUGAUCAUGAAUUCAGGGGCUGGGCACACAAUGCUAACCGUCCUCUCAAGAGAAAUGACAGCUUCCAAAAUAAUACAAACAUUCAACGGAAAGAUUUCAUUGGUCGAUGCAGGCAGACAAUUGAUGAUGAUGGGUUACAUUUCAACCAAUCAUUUUCAUUGGGGGGUUGUCAAACAUCGAACAAGCCUUGGUACGACGUGUCAGAUGACGAUACAUCAGUUUAUACAUCCCCGUAUGGAAUCGUGGGAUAUGACUCUGAAAGCUCAUUCUACACCUAGCAGCAGCAGCAGCAAUUGUAUAUAUACUCUACGUCUAAGAGGGUAUACAGUAAUGAAAAUGCAGGAGUUUGUAUAUAUGUAUACAUACAUAGACACACACACACACACACACACACACACACAUACACACACACAUGCAUUCAGAUAUACACCUUAAUGUAUAUAUACAUACAUAUUUAUAUAUGUAUUCAUAUACAUGUAUAUAUGUGUAUGUAUGUAUACACACACACACACACACACACAUAUUGUGUGUGGACAUGUUGCUGAAUGCACUUUUGACAAGAAACUGAAGCCAAGAAACCGAAUGGACACGGUGUCAAAUGGACAUAAAGUCAAAUGGACACAAUGCUGAAUGGACAUAGUGCUGAAUGGACAUAAAGUUGAGCAGGCACAAAAAUAUUUUUUAAAAACCCCGCUCAAACCUACAUGGUUUAAUGACUAAUCCCCAAUUUGGCAUUUAAGAUUUAAUGAGAUUAAAUUUUAAUUUUCGUAUGUCUUUCCGGCAUCUUGUCCAUUCGGCCUUAUGUCCAUUUGGCAUUGCGUUCAUUCGGCAUUGUGUCUGUUCAGCUUCUUGCCGUGUAUAUAAGUUCCGUUCUUUGAGCCUUUAUUUGCUUUUACACCCAUUUUUUUUUCCAUGCUGGCAUGGGUUAAACAAUACUUAUUGCACCAGAUCUUCCAUGUCCAGGUGCUCUUCCUGUCACCAACAUUUACCUGUUAUCCGAGUAAGCUAUUUUUCCAUUUUUCUUGUUCUCACCAUCGAAAGCUAAACCCAAUGCAUACAUACAUACAUACAUACACACAUACAUACAUGCAUACAUACACACAUGCAUACAUUACAUACAUACACACACACACACAUACACAUAUACACACAUACAUAAUGCACAUAUACAUACACACAUGCAUGCAUACAUGCAUGCAUCCAUUACAUACACAUAUUACAUACAUGCACAUACAUACACAUAUACACACAUACAUACACACUCACACACAUAUGUGUGUAUAUGUAUACAUAUAUAUGUAUAUGUAUAUAUGUGUGUGUGUGUGUGUGUGUGUGUGUGUGUGUGCAUGCAUCCAUUCACAUUGAUCAAUAUAUUGAUAUCUGCAUUAUUUAGGCCUGAAUAUUUAUGUCUGACAGCCUGAGUUUGAACAUCUUGCAACUGGAAUACUAACUUCAUGGAAACUGUGCUGAACCUCACAAUAUAACUUCAUUCCCGCCAAUAAAAUUUACUCUCAUUA